AUGGCAAAAGCGCCAUCUGGCACUACCUCUGGGAUCCGGUCGAACAACGACAUGGUUUUUGACUUGCUACACUCGACUGCACCGGAAACUAUGGAGCUUGGUACUGAGCAUCAUUACAACCAGUAUAUUACAUGCUGUCUCCACAAAGCUAUCUCCUCCAGAAGAGUAACGGGAAAUGGAGAAAUCGAAAAAAUGGCAACCCAGGCAGACUCAGGACGUGCCCGUCUCAAGGAGGCAUACCACCAUCUCGGCGCACACCCCUUCUCCGCCGUCGAGUUCACCCUCAUCAAGAUCUUCGUCGACUACAAUGCCUGGGAUACAAUCCCUGACGAAGGCGACAUUGCCGUCACCGAGUUAGCCGAGAAAAUCGGCGGUUCGUUCGAGGUCGUGGACCGUAUGGUGACCUUCUUCAUCGCGGGCAAGGUUCUUGAAUCGACUGCCCCGGGCCGCAUCGCUCACACGGAAAAGUCUCGCAUCUACAAGUCCGAUCAACCGCUCUCCUGGCUGUGUGUGCAUAUGUUCAACAAUGUCUUCCGCCCCCUUGCUCAGCUGCCGGGCUUCUUCGCCAAGUAUGGUCUUGCUUCGCCGCAGAACGUCCGUUUGACCCCUCUCGGUUUAGCACAUGGUUACGACGACAAGCCCGCUUACGAUAUUAUUGUUGCCGAUAAAGCGGUGCACAAAGGAUUCAACAAAGCCCUGCGGGAACUUGGGGGCAUGUACUCCCUGAAGGGGGUUUAUGAUUUCGGAUGGUUACAGGAAGGUCUUCUCGCUACCGGAUCCGGAUCGCGGGCGGCCAUUGUGGACGUCGGCGGGAGUCACGGUCUCGCUCUGCGCGAUGCAGUGCGCAACAACCCGUUUAUCCCGGCAGAGAGAUGCGUUCUCUUUGAUCUCCCGGAGGUGAUCGAAAACACGAACAAGAAUCUCGAAAAGAGCCCGGAUGAGGUUCUGCAGAAGGUGCAGAAAGUCGGCGGAAGCAUGUUCGAGCCCUAUCCGGAGGCCGUUCAGGGAGCGCUCAUCUACCUGUUCCGCCGUGUACUCAACGACUUCCCCGAUGAGGAUGUCGUGCGGGCCUUCCAGAAUGUGCGGAAGACGGCGGCGCCUGACACGCGCAUCUUGGUGAUCGAGGAGAUGCUGAGUCCCAAGCGGAUUCCCAUGAAUGUCUGCUUGGAUAUCGCUCUGAUGCUGGCUGCGGGUAAGAGGCGGAAUGCCGCAAUGUUCAGUGAAUUAGCGGAGCGCGCUGGGUUCCGUCUCAAUGGAGAGUUCAAGAAUGUUGCGUCUGCGUUUGAUGACUUCAGUGUGCUUGAGUUUGUUGUCGCAUAG